AUGUAUGGCGCAGAACGCAUAGGAGAACCAGGUGCACUACCAGUGUUUCAUUUAGAUGUUCGAUUCGAUGAGCAACAAAUCGUUAUGAAUACGAUGAUACAGCCUCCGAAAUGGGGCCCAGAAGAGAGAGUACGGAAUCCAUUCGCACUACAUGGGCAACUCCAUCUGAUUAUUCGAGUGAAUUGGGAACAUUUCGACAUAUUGGCGAACCACAAAAAGAUUUAUCAAUACAAUAUGCGUUUUCCAAUAAGUGCAGUCAAAUACAUAACUGUGACUGGUGACAUCGAUUUGGACAGAGCGUGCUGGAGUGCUCGCGUGCUGGACUGUGGGCUGAAAGCGUACCCAGUCAAAUAUGACUUCCCAGGUGGUCAUUUCGAAGCUGGUGAGUGGUUUAGUUUGAUCAGAACAUAUUUGCCAUUUCGGAUAGCAGGUGAUCAUAACCGUUCAGGAGAAAUCUUGUUCAUUUAUGGUAGGCCGAAAGGGAGGAAUUUCCAAAUUGACUUACUACGAGGCAACGGCGAUAUUCUGUUUAAUUUCAAAGUUGACUUCGACAAGGAAAAGAUUGUGCGAAAUGCGCUAAUAGAUGGUCGCUGGGGAAUAGAGGAGCAUGAUGGACCGUUCCCAUUCGAGGAGGACACCUUCUUCGAUCUUGGCAUCUACAUUGACAACAAUAUUGAGUGUGUGGAUUGUCGUCUGAUUUUCUGGUAUCAUUUGCGUGACAAGAUGAUCGUCGAAAUCGUUAUGAGUUUGUGCAUCUCUCUUGUCACCAAUGCCGCCAUUAUCGGUCUCAUUCCUGUACCGUUGUACGACAAUCUGACGCACAUAGGUGAUGCGUACGUCACAAAAUUCGUCGAGCCUUUGAAAGCUGGGCAGAUGACUUUGGUUUACGGACGUAUAUGGAAAAAUGCGAAAAGCAGCAGUGAUCAAACAAACGAUUGCAGAUUCUCUGUGGAUCUUAUGCGUGGUGCAGCACUCAUGCGAGAACCAGAUGCUGAAGCGGUGCUUCAUUUCGAUGUUCGGUUUGAUGAAGCCCAAAUUGUCAUGAAAGCGACGAAGUCGACUCGAAAAUGGGGCGGAGAAGAAAGAAUAUCGAAUCGAUUCGAAAUGGGUCGGCGAUUCCAUCUCACUAUUCGAACGGAAUUGGAUAAAUUAAUCAUAUGGGCGAAUCACGAAAAGAUUUAUGAAUUCAUAGUGCAUUAUCCACUCAGUCCAAUCGAGUAUAUGACUGUACAGGGUGACGUUACGGUGGAGGGUACGUACUGUAGUGGUUAUUCGCCAGUAACUCUACCAUUCCAACACAAGUUCCGACGUGGUCGCUGGAUAAAUGGACAACGUUUCAUCGUUUACGGUAGGCCGAAGAAGUGGCGUUUCGAGAUUAACUUGCGCGAUCUUAACGGCGUUAUUCUGUUCCAUUUCAAUCCUCGCUUGGAUGAGAAAGACAUUGUGCGAAAUGCACAAAUUGGUCCUGAAUGGGGAAGAGAGGAGCGUGGAGGACCAUUCCCAUUCAAGCGGGACACUUUCUUCGAUCUUCAGUUCUACCUUACAGAUUGCUCUAUCCAGGUCACUUCUUUGUGCAUCUCUCUUGUCACUGAUGCCGCCAUCAUUGGUCUCAUUCGUGUGAACAUGUACGACAAUCGGACGUACAUAGGUGAUGCGUACGUCACACAAUUCGUUGAGCCUUUGAAAGCUGGGCAGAUGGCUUUGCUUUACGGACGUGUAUUGAAAGAUGCGAAAAGAUUCUCUAUAGAUCUUCUGCGUGGUGCACCAACCAUACGAGAGCCAGAAGCUGAAGCGGUGCUUCAUUUAGUUGUUCGGUUUGACGAAGACCUGAUUUUCAUGAAUGCGAUGAAAUCGACUCGAGAAUGGAGCGCAGAAGACAGAAUAUCGAACGAAUUCCGAAGGGCUCGGCGAUUCCAUCUCGCCAUUCGAACGGAAUUGGAUAGACUCAUUAUAUUAGUGAAUCACAAAAAGAUUUAUGAAUUCAUGGUGCAUUAUCCACUCAGUCCAAUCGAGUAUAUGACUGUGCAGGGUGAUGUUAAAGUGGAGAAUACGUACUGGAGUGGUUAUUCGCAAGUAACUCUACCGUUCCAAUAUAAGUUCAAAGGUGGUCAUUGGAUGACUGGUGAGCGAUUUAUUGGUGCUUUUUUUGCUCGUUUAUUUUGA